CGGAUCGUGACGUUGUGGCUUCACCAUUCCAAGUUGUGUAGUUUUAGAAAACAACAUGGCAGCCUCUCUGAUGUUGGUGUUAGCCGCAUUGUCCGUUGUGACUUGUGCGUCUUAUCUGGAUCCACACAUGUUAGAGAACAGGCAGACGAUCGUAUUUAUGAUGGGCUGGAACUGGGCAGAUAUCGCCGAGGAGUGUGAACGCUACCUCGGUCCCAAUGGUUUUGGAGGCGUACAGAUAAUGCCAGCGAAUGAACACGCAAUCGACGUAAUUGAAGGCAAGAGAACGUGGUUUGAGCGAUAUCAGCCCGUAAGCUACAAGCUGGAGAGCGCCUCUGGGAGCGAGGAUGAGCUUCGUGACAUGGUGAAAAGAUGCAACGAGGUUGGCGUGAGAGUCUACGCGGAUGUCGUCAUCAAUCACAUGGCACCUAAUGAUUAUUCCACGAUUGGCAAAGGUUCUGCUGGAAGUUCCUUCGACAUGUCAACACUCAGUUACCCUGCAGUACCUUACGCAGCACUCGACUUUAAUGUUCACAACAACAAAUGUCCGAGCAGCAGUGGCGCCAUCGAAGACUUCGGUGACAAACUACAGGUCCGCUACUGCAAUCUAUUCGGCUUUCCUGAUCUAGACACGUCUGUUGCUCACGUUAGAAUCUCCAUCGUGGAUUAUCUGAACAAGUUGAUCGAUGUUGGUGUUGCGGGAUUCUUCGUGGCCAUGGCAGAGAACAUUUGGCCAGAAGACCUGGACGUGAUGUUCAACUCUCUGGAAGAUCUGAAUCAAGAGUACUUUGAGCCUGGAGUCAGGCCGUUUAUAUCUCAACGAGUGAGGGCAGCAGAGGGCUUCCCCGUCAAGCCGUCUGAGUACUUUAGCACGGGUAGAGUGACGGAGUUCGCUUACGGUAGAGCUGUCUCGGAGUCCUUUAGAGGAACCAUAAAGACCAUAGCUAGCUUAGAAAACUUACAAGUUGACUUCAAUCUCAUGCCAAGUACAAGUGCAUUCGUGUUCGUGGAUUCCCCUCUUCUUCAACGGUCAAGUUCCUCAUCCAGCUUCCGAGAGCCUGGUCUCAGCACGAUGGCAAAUGCAUUCAUGUUGGCCUACCCGUACGGUCUUACUAGGGUAAUGAGCAGCUACGAAUUCACCGAAGCUAGUGACGGGCCACCAACAGACGAAGAUGGUAAGACGUUACCACCAGUCAUCGAGACAGACAGUUCGUGUGGUAACGGAUGGGUUUGUGAGCACCGCUGGGCUCGUAUAAGGAAUCUGGUUGGCUUCCAAAACGCAUCGGCAGACCAACCUCUCGCAAACUUUUGGAGCAACGGGAAUCAACAGAUUGCUUUCGGUCGAGGUGACAAGGCAUUUAUCGUCUUCAACAACGAAGGGAAUCUACUCUCUCAAAAACUGCCCACCGGACUGCCAGAAGGGAAAUAUUGCGACGUUUAUAACGGCCAGUUUGACCCACAGUUGUGCACCUGUUCUGGUCCUACCAUAACAGUGGAUGGGUCGGGCUUUGUCCUGUUCGAGCUCGACAACUCAGACACUCAAGUUGUUGCAAUCCAUACGAAUGCCUUGGUCAAGGACGUCAACAAAGAACCAGGCCCUGGAAGCACCACCGCAACAACAACCCUAAAAAGUGCAACAAAACCUACUUCUGGUCAAAGCCCAUCAUCUACAACUACCCCUACCGAAGAAGCAAAUGACGAGUCUGUUGACAUAAUAGAAGCAGCAACAGUAAAACCAAGUGUGAAACCAACCCAAGUUCCCACAUCUACCAAAGAGCAAGGGACUGGGGACCUUACUGAAGCGGUAACAGAAACCCCCACUACGCAACCAACUCAAGUUUCAACAUCAACCAAAGUGCCAGCAGAGCCAGUGUCCAGCGAUCUUCCCGAAGCGGUUACAGAAAAAACCACCAUGCAAACAACUCAAGUUCCAACAUCAACCAAAGUACCAACAGGAGAGCCAACAGGACCAGGGUCCAGCAAUCUUCCCGAAGCGGUUACAGAAAAAACCACCAUGCAAACAACUGAAGUUCCAACAUCAACCAAAGUGCCAAAAGAGCAAGGGUCCACUGACCUUCCCGAAGCGGUGACAAAAAAGCCCGCCAUGCAACCAACAGUUCAAACAUCAACCAAAGAGCCAACAGAAGGUGCAAUUACCACCACUUCCACACCAACUCCCAUGAACCGUACGAUGAUCUUCCUGCACAAAGACACUGAAUUUGGUCAGUUCAUGUUCCUUCGCGGUGGGAUCAGCCAUGACCUAAGGUCUGGUUGCACGGUAGACGCAUACACGAGCGCUUGUGCCAUUUCCAUCCGCCACCACCCGCAAGGAGAUAACCCAUACUUCACCGCAUGGCAGACCGGUGAUAACUAUCUGGAUUGGUACGGGGCUGAGAGAGGACAGGGCACCCACGAUGACGUUCAGGCAGGAGGGACGCCGAUGAUCUGGACGACCAAUAACCCAAGCAACGGCGCGGAAGUUUCUGUGAAUGGUUAUGGGUAUACACCGCUCAACCAGUGGGGAGACAACUACUGGAUGGUGGACAUUGAUGUUGACUGUUCUAAGACGGAAGGAGGCUGGUUUGAGAUGAAGGGGUUCUUGACGAACGCCGGCAGCUCAGGAUGGGAGAACGACGUGUCUCAAGAGGAGAACUGUGCCGGAUCUGCUGGGGGAAGCCGACCCCACUCUUCAAACAACCACUUCGCUAGGUGUGGAUUUGUUAAUGUCUUCAGGUUUGGGCAAAACGAAUGCAUCAUUGACACGCUCAACUAGGUCUAGUAUUGGCUCAAGACUCUCCCGUUACAUCUCUCUCCACGAUCCUCCACCACACAAGAGGGCGCGCUCUCACCAUGGGCUGAUAUCUAAACGAGAAUGGGCCAAGGAGAUAUUAAUAACAGGAGAGUCUUGAACCAAGACUACUUAAUUAGAUCGCGAAGGUUUAACUUUUUUGGGUUGGUAAUUAUCGGUAAACUUUUAACUAUGGGUACUCUGGUGUUCUUAGUAGAAACAUCGUCUGACUUGCCCUACUGGCGAUUAGAACAUUUGGUGUAGUGGGUGGAGGGAAUUAGGUGCUGGGUUGAACACAAGAAGUUGGACACUACUAAAUCAAACAUAGGAAGAGGAAGGAACAAUUAAUAGCAAUUAAUGAGACUAAAAAGGAGGAUAUUAUGUUGGGGAAAAUAAGAAAUAAAAGACAAAAAUUUGCUUUUUAAUAAAUUAUUGUUUGGGAUUAACAUUAUCUUUUGUGCCUUUAAAAACAAAUAAGUUAAUUUUAAAACUUUGAUACUUUUUUUAUAGGGAAUAUUAAUGGCCGGAUGUGGAGCCUGUUUAUAACAACGGUCAUUCACCAAUAUAAGGUUGUCUUGAUCCCCACAAUAGAUUACUUUAGAAAAGGUAGUGUUAAAGGCAGUGUAAACUAUUGAUAAUUGUCAAAGACUAGUCUUCACAUUUGGUGUAUUUCAACAU